AUGCACUCGCUCAACACCCGGCCCGAUCCGUCCUUUUCGCUCCUCUUGUCGCUUCCCAGAGAGCUACGGGACCGCGUCUAUGUAUUUGCUCUCGUCUCAGACUCGCCCUUUUGGUGGCCAUCCAAAUCGCCAGACACCGACCAUCACAAUGUCAGCGCCAGCCUUCUUCGCACCAACAAGCAGGUGUACAGCGAGUCAAUCGAAAUUCUGUACUCGCAGAACAGGUUUCUGUUUACCCACCCUAGCGACUGCAACGUAUUCCGCGUGGUCGCAUCUUCCGCUUCCGUCAAUAUAACGAGUAUCUAUUUCCGCAUUAGACAGAAAGACUUGAAGCUAUGGACCGCGUAUCUGGGAAGCAAACAAGCAGAGAGGAGUUUGAAGGGCGAUCUCCCUAAGCUAAAGAGUCUAUGGGUGUUUCUGAGGUGUGGCGCAAUGGGGCUGCCUGCUGCGUUUGGGAGUCUGCAAGCUGCGCCUGUGGGUGCUUUGGGAGGACCGGGAGGACACGCUCAAGCUUUGCCCAUCGCCUUGGGACAGCAGAUGCAUGCCCUUCAGCAACAGGUUGCUCUUGGAGGCAAUCAAGCCCAAACAGGAGGCAACCAGCUUCCACCUCCCCCGCCCCCAGCACCGGCAAUACCCUUUUUGCAGUUUGCACAAGGCCCCUUGGGACUAGGUGGACCUCAUCAUGGUCAUCACCAUCAUCAGAACCACCCUCCGCAUGUCAACUUGCUUGCGCAACAACAGUUGCAGAUGCACCAGCAAGCCAGCAUUCAUCCACCACUGUUCCACGCGCCACAUCAUAUUGGGUCCAUGGUAAAUCCACAAGCGAACAGAACAGAUCCACGUGAUUCACAUACUCUAUUCUCCACGUUUCUCCGCUUCGAGCGAGAGCUAGGUAUUGAAUCGCUCUGCCUGAAUCUUCGUGAUGCUCUGUAUUCCGGCCCAUCCACAUCGAUGAACUUUGAUUCGUCUUCCAGCAGUGAUGCUUCAUCAGCAGCAGGGAGCCCCCCAAUGGCAUCCAGCAACGAGCCCCGACCCGAGGUCAAGAUAGUGUGCAUCGUCCAUAUUCCGCGUAGGAUAAUGGAGCGAGUGGUCGCACUUCACCCAGAUGAGUUGGUUGUAGACGCCAAAACUCAAGAUGCGAGGACGCGGUUCAGGAAACUGCAUGGCAUCGAGGUUAGUUUGGAGUUGAAUGGAUGCCCUCCGCUACGUCCGGGGCAAGAUGCGACAUACCAUGGUGACAUGCAUGCGCAUGAGCACUAA